GAAAAGCAUGAUUGAUUCUGCAGAAUGAAUAGGGGUUGGUAAAGAUUUGGAUCUGAAAUACUGUCAAAAUCCCAGAACCAACCAGAAAUAACAGGGAUGUAGGCGGGGCGGCAGUUUCAUCAGACUGUCCGUUCCACACGCCUAUGCCACUGACCAGCGCUUCUAAAUCGACAAUAACAAGUACAGGUAUCUCAUGCCAGAGCAGCAUCAGCGGGUGAAAGGGUUGUGAAGGUACUGUAGUACGGUGUAUUCAAAAGCAAUGUCUGGGAUUGCGUCUAAACUUCAACGCGACAGGGAAAGGACAGCCGGCAUUGGCACCAACGAAAAUGCAGUGAAAUAUAUGAACCAGGACUUCGACUGUCUAAGAAAGCAAUGCCUGCAGACCGGUAAACUAUUUACAGAUGAAACAUUCCCUGCUUUGUCGUCUUCUCUGGGAUUUAAUGAAUUGGGGCCAAAUUCCUCUAAAACUCGCGGUGUUAGCUGGAAAAGACCCACGGAGUUGUGUUCCAGUCCACAAUUUAUUGUGGGGGGUGCCACCAGGACUGAUAUCUGCCAAGGGGCUCUGGGGGACUGCUGGCUCCUGGCUGCCAUCGCCUCUCUGACCCUCAACGAGGAUGUUUUGGCCCGAGUAGUUCCCAGCGGACAAAGCUUUCAAGAAAACUAUGCUGGAAUCUUUCACUUCCAGUUUUGGCAGUAUGGAGAGUGGGUUGACGUGGUGAUUGAUGACAGGCUGCCCACGAGGGACGGAGAGCUGCUGUUUGUCCACUCAGCCGAGGGGUCAGAAUUCUGGAGCGCCCUGCUGGAGAAGGCCUACGCCAAGCUGAACUGCUCCUACGAGGCUCUCUCGGGCGGGAGCACUACUGAAGGGUUUGAGGAUUUCACUGGAGGCAUUGCAGAAGUUCAUGAGCUCAAGGACCCUCACCCCCAGCUCUUCAAGAUCAUCCAAAAAGCUCUGAGGAGAGGGUCUCUCCUGGGCUGCUCCAUAGAUAUCACAAGUGCAGCAGAAACAGAAGCCGUGACAUCACAGAAGCUGGUGAAGGGGCACGCCUACUCAGUCACUGGAGCUGACGAGGUGAAAUAUCGAGGUCGGCAGGAAAAGUUGAUCAGGAUCAGAAACCCAUGGGGUCAGGUAGAGUGGACUGGACCCUGGAGUGACAAUUCUCAACAGUGGAGCUCCACCAGCGAAGAUGACAGGGCGAGACUGAGCAACAGAUCGGAAGAUGGAGAAUUUUGGAUGUCCUUCUCCGAUUUCCUGAGACACUACUCCCGUGUGGAGAUCUGUAACCUAACCCCUGAUGCCCUGACCAGUGACAAGUACAAUAAGUGGGAUUUGUCCAAGCAUGAGGGGAGCUGGAGGAGCGGCUCCACUGCUGGCGGCUGCAGGAACUACCCCGCCACAUUCUGGACUAACCCCCAGUUUGUGCUCAAGCUGGAGGAGGUGGAUGAUGACCCCGAUGAUGGGGAGGACGGUUGCACCUUCCUGGUGGGUCUGAUACAGAAGAACCGCAGGAGGCAGAGGAAGAUGGGAGAGGACAUGCACACCAUCGGCUUCGCCAUCUACGAGGUUCCCGAAGAGUAUGUGGGGAAAAGGAAUGUGCACCUGAGCAAAAACUUCUUCCUGAAGAAUCAGUCCAAGGCGCGCUCGCAGAGCUUCAUCAACCUGCGGGAGGUGUGCAGCCGCUUCAAGCUGCCGCCUGGGGAGUACCUCGUGGUCCCCUCCACCUUCGAGCCGCACAAAAACGGAGACUUCUGCCUGCGCGUCUUCGCAGAGAAACAGGCCGACACGCAGGAGCUGGAUGAUGAAAUUGAAGCAAAACUGAAUGAGGUUGAAAUUACUGAAGAUGACAUUGAUGCCAAGUUCAGGAAUCUGUUCACCCAACUAGCAGGGCAAGACAGUGAAAUUUCAGCAUUUGAACUGCGUAACAUACUCAACAAAGUAGUAGCAAAGCGUUCUGAAAUUAAGACAGAUGGAUUCAGCCUGGAAACCUGUCGCAACAUGGUCAACCUUUUGGAUAAAGAUGGAACUGGGAAGUUGGGCAUGGUGGAGUUCAAGAUACUGUGGACCAAAAUUGAGGGAUAUCUGAAUAUCUACCGGAAUAAAGACGCUGAUCGCUCUGGUACGAUGAGCUCACAUGAGAUGCGUGUGGCCAUCGAAGAAGCAGGGUUCACUUUAAACAACGUGUUGCUCCAGAGUGUUGUUGCGCGUUACUCCGAGGCCGACCUCACCAUUGACUUCGACAACUUCGUUGCGUGUCUGGUUCGGCUGGAAACCAUGUUUAGACUGUUUAAAUCCCUGGACACAGAGGGAAGUGGAUCGGUGGAGUUCACCCUAUUGGCAUGGAUGAAUAUCACAAUGAUGUGAGGCUAGUGAGAGCUGUGCCUAGCCAGACCCAGCAUGCACUGUCUCCAGGACUCGCUGGCUGAAACAGAAACCAAAAAGCUGUUGCAUGAAUAGUGUAGUUAAUUCACGCUGUGCCUUUACUAGACAGGGAGGUUGUCACUUUGAUUUGCUUUUAUUGUGCUCUGAUUUAAGAGUUAUACAUUUAUUUUAAGAAUAUAAGGACUAUUCAGUUCCUCUAAUGCCAUCUCCUUUUAUACCUGGUGAAUGAUGCCUAACAUUUGAGGAGGGCCGCUCAGUCUCUGUACCUCACUAGUAUCAUGCAUUUAUUUACAUGGCCAUGCAUUGAAAUAAAUAUAUUGCAUACUGUAA